ACAAAAGAGGCUGCGGGUCCAACAUCACGGAACAGUGGCAGCAUCUCUUCUGAGGCAUUUCAGCUCCUCUUCAGGAAGAAGGUGCAAACUAAGAUGGGGGUGCAAGUACUGGCAUGGACCUUAUUUCCUGUCUGUUUGUUGCUGCUACUCACCCAAUGCAAAACCACUGCUGCAGUCAGCGUGAAGGAACAGCUGGCCGACUGCCUGAACGAUACCGACUAUGCUGACCUGCUGUACACUGUGCAGCAAGGUCUUCCCCACAUUAUCAAGCCCAAUCAUGUUGCCAUAGUUGGAGCCGGUAUGGCUGGGCUGACAGCGGCCAAGUUACUGCAGGAUGCAGGACACAAGGUUACCAUACUGGAGGCCAGUGGUCGGGUUGGAGGCCGUGUGCUGACCUACAGGAAUGAAAAAGAAGGCUGGUACGCUGAUCUGGGAGCAAUGAGGAUCCCAAAUUAUCACUAUAUCAUCCGCUGGUUCAUCAAGGAGUUUGGUUUGAAGCUGAAUCCAUUUCACAUGGUCGACAACAACACCUUCUACUUCGUUCAUGGGCUGCUGAAGAAAACCUACGCUGUGAAGGCGAACCCCGACAUCUUGAAGUACAAACUGCCAAAAAGAGAACAGGGGAAAUCACCAACCGCGUUGCUGGAGCAGGCUCUGCGCAGGGUGAAAGAAGAGGUCACGGCUCAUGGCUGCAGAGCUAUGCUCAGGAAAUACGACCAUUAUUCUGUAAAGGAAUAUUUGAGAACUGAAGGCGGUUUGAGUGCAGAGGCUGUGAGGAUGAUCGGGGAUCUGCUAAAUGAGCAGAGCCUCAUGCAUCUGGCUUUGACUGAGAUGAUCUACAUCGAGAACGACGUCAACGACAACACAACGUACGAUGAAAUAACUGGAGGGACGGAUCGUCUCGCUGAUGCUUUCCUUUCUGUCCUGGGGGUUCCCAUCUUACUCAACUCCCCGGUGAAACGGAUCCACCGGUCACAUAAGGGUGUAACUCUGUGGUAUGAGUCAGAAAACGAGCCCUCUUUGAAAACUCUACAAGCCGACGUUGUUCUGGUUACCACGACGGCCAAAGCAGCCCUUUUCAUAGAGUUUGAUCCACCUCUCUCCACCAGAAAGAUGGAGGCCAUGCGGGGGGUUCAUUAUGAAAGCUCUACCAAAAUUCUCGUCACCUUCAAAGAAAGGUUCUGGGAGAACGAUGGCAUCAAGGGAGGGAAGAGCAUCACAGAUGGACUCUCUCGCUACAUCUACUACCCGAGCCACGGUUUUCCAGGAAACAACAGCAUCGGUGUCCUGCUGGCUUCCUACACCUGGGCUGAUGACUCACAUCUCUUUCAGGGUGCGACUGAUGAAGAACUGAAAGAGCUGGUCCUCAGGGACUUGGUGAAGAUCCACGGCGAUUAUGUCCGCUCUCUCUGCACUGGUGUGAUUGUGAAGAAGUGGAGUCUGGAUCCAUACAGCCUGGGUGCAUUUGCUCUGUUUGCUCCUUACCAACACCUCCAGUAUUCUGCAGAGCUCUUCAGACAUGAAGGCAGAAUUUAUUUUGCAGGAGAACACACAGCUUUCCCUCAUGCUUGGAUUGAAACAUCUAUGAAAUCUGCAAUCAGAGCAGCUAUGCAUAUUAAUGGUGCCGUGCACAAAGAUUCAAGUGAACCUCAAUACCGGGAUGAGCUGUGAGAUACUGAAUGUAGGCGACAGAACCGCUGGUCAGCUGCAGUGACAAAGAUUGAUUUACAGCUACAUACAUGGACAAAAUUGUUGGCACCCCUCCGUUAAUGAAAGAAAAACCCACAAUGGUCACAGAAAUAACUUGAAUCUGACAAAGGUAAUAAUGAAUAAAACAUCUAUGAAAAUG